CACAGAACUCAGCUCUUCUUUGGGUCUGGCAAUUAAAUUAAUCAGGAAUUUUACUGUACCUAUGUCUACAUCUCUUUUUGUGAAGCUCUUCAAAGUUCAUCAAAUCACUGAGCCUGAUAUUCAUACCCUUACAUGCUAUUUGGGACCUUGAUUACUAUGUUCAGUGGUUACUGUAGGCAGUGACUGAAAAUGUUUAUAAAAGAGACGAUAAAAAUCAGACAAAGAGGCUCCCUGUCUGCGGCCAUCUGUUGCGUUAUGUUUGACAAGCACCAGAGAGGAGAGAAACGUUAUCUGAGGACUGAAUAACUUCCUAAAGUGAGAGAGAUUUUGGAGCAAGACAGAGAAUCCUCUUUUUGCAGUGCUGUAUCACCCGCCACUAGUCCAAGGAAUAGCAUUCACUCCAGCUUCACAAUGAGUUGUUUACUGGCCUUGGCUGCCUGUGAGAGCAGCCAGAAGAGAGUGGAGAAAAAGGAGAAUAAACAAAAUGAAAUCAGGGCAUGUGAGCUGUUUGGCUAAGUUUUAAAAACCAAAGUUUAAAAGCAGACUCAGGAUCCCAAGCAGAGGGCUGGAGAAGGCUGGGAGAAAAGAAACUGACCACUAAGAAAGCAAAGCUGAAUAAUUUGUCCACUGACAUUGCUCUUCCUCCCAGACAGAAGACACCCCAAAACCUUUUCCUAGCUGAAGGGCCGGCAUUGAAGGAUGACAGGACAUCACAAAUAUGAGGCACCAGAGCUUCAAGCCACAACAUUAGAAUUCUUAAGGAAGAGUGCACUCACUAACUUAUUUUAUGGAUGCCACUGAAUUCAGCUUUGAAGGGCUCCAAAAGCACGUCACAGACCUGGAAUGGGAAACCACAGCAAUAAUCAUACCUGUUUGACAGAUGAUUCCUUUAAAUACAACCUGUAUGGGGCCGUAUACAGCGUGGUAUUCAUCCUUGGCUUGAUCACAAACUGUGCCUCUUUGUUUGUUUUCUGCUGUCGAAUGAAAAUGCGAAGCGAGACAACUAUUUUCAUGACAAACCUUGCCGUCUCUGACUUGCUCUUUGUAUUCACUUUGCCUUUUAAAAUAUUUUAUAAUUUCAACAGGCACUGGCCCUUUGGGGACACUCUGUGCAAGAUUUCAGGGACUGCAUUUCUCACCAACAUAUAUGGCAGUAUGCUGUUCCUCACCUGCAUUAGUGUCAACCGUUUCCUGGCUAUUGUCUACCCAUUCAGAUCUCGUACCAUUCGGACAAGGAGAAAUUCAGCCAUUGUGUGUGCAGGAGUCUGGAUACUAGUCCUCAGUGGAGGAAUUUUAGCUUCAUUGUUCUCCACAACCAACGUCUCCAGCACUAGCACAACCUGCUUUGAGGGUUUUUCCAAAAUUGUUUGGAAGACCUAUUUGUCUAAGAUCACUAUAUUUAUUGAAGUGGUUGGAUUCAUAAUUCCUUUGCUAAUCAACCUCACAUGCUCUUCACUGGUUCUGAGGACUCUCCGGAAACCUGCUACAUUAUCUCAGAUUGGGACAAACAAAGAGAAAGUACUAAAGAUGAUUAUUGUGCAUGUGGCCAUUUUUGUAGUAUGCUUUGUGCCCUACAAUUCCAUACUUUUCUUAUAUGCUCUUGUGCGAUCUCAAGCCAUAGCAAACUGCUCUUUGGAGAGAUUUGCUAGGACAAUGUACCCAGUCACAUUAUGCAUUGCAACAAUGAAUUGCUGCUUUGACCCCUUCAUUUACUACUUCACAUCAGAAUCUUUUCAAAAGUCUUUCAAUAUACACUCCCAAAUACAAGUGGACUCCAUUUCCAAGACUGAAACACCUCUAACAAUGAAGAUUGCACUGCCUGCAAUACAGGAGGAAGUGAAUGACCAGGCUAUUACAAAUGGAGGGGAUCCAACUGCUGAAUCACAUUUCUAAUGGCUUGUCUACAUAUAGAGUUAUUCCUGAUUUACUAUCCCUGAUUCACUCCCAGGGAUGAAAGUACGGUAUGGGCUGGUAUGGUGUACCAGUGAGAAGCCGGUACCGGCCCGUAUGCAGCCGACCUUAAAGCGCUGCCAUGGCAGUACUUUAACGUCGCUGCCCCUUUUGCCCCCCCAUCGGCAGCCCUGCCCUAUCGGCAGGGCCACCGAUGGGAGGGGCAAAAGGGGCAGCUGCCCCGGGACUGAUGAUUUAAAAGGGCUCCUGGCCGCUGAUAUCGCGUGAGCGGCCAGAGCCCCGAGCCCUUUUAAAUCGCCGCUGGAGCCCCGGGCGGCCCAGGCCAGGCAGCACAGAUGGGCUGGCUGUGGGAGGCUGAUGCCCUGCCCCUUCCGCAGGCCCAGAGCCAGGCCCCCAUACUGGUAAUUGUUUAAUAUUACUUUCACCCUUGUUCACUCCACAUAUGGAUAUUCUUAUUCCAGAAUAAGAGUGCCUUGUUCCUAUUUAGCUUAACUCACUUGAAUUUAGCUUUCAAAGUGUCCACACGUGGAGUUAAUUGGAGAUUUCUCCAUGUGUAGAUAAGCCCAUCAGAUAAAAGGUUUCUCAAUUUUGAGAACUCAAGAUAUGUAAGUCAAGAUAGAUCUCUCUCUGGAGAUUAUUUAUGGAGAGAAUGGAGUGGAUUCUUGCAUUGAAUGAUGCCAACAUUUGGUAUGUUUUCCUAGGAUUAAACAUGGGACCAGUCAGGAAAUAUAAAAACUUUAUCUUACUUUAGAAAUCUCAGUCAAUUUUUUCCUGCCUUCUGAAAAUACAGGAUAUGUUAAGUCAAUUUCACACAUAUGUAUGUUUUCUUUCAAACAUAUAAUAAAAACUUUCAGCUUUA